CUCCAUUCAUUUCAAUCUAUGUUAUCUCUACAUCUAUGUUUAAUUCAAGUUUGUGAUUUUCUUUCCAUUCCCUCCUACGGUCUCCCUCUCGGAGUUCACUGGCUCUCCAACGACGGCACAAGGCUUUCAUCGAUGGUGAUUUGAAAUGACGGAACUCUUAAUUUACUGUUUCCUUAGAUUAGAUCUCAUCAAUUAUAGUCUGGAGUUGUGAAAAUCUGGUGUUCCAUUAGUUGGAUGGUCUUCCGAUCUCAUAGAUGGUGAUUUCAUGUUGUCUGAAGUUUUUCAAUAGUUGCAUGUUCUUCUUUCGCCAAUUGAAUAGAUGGUAAUUGCAUGUUCAAACCUAAAUGCUUUGUUCAUCCAUCUAUCAGUUUGCCAACAAUAGAAUGGAAAGGGAUAUAUAUUGCUGACAAUUCCUGGACUCUGUCCGGAUUGUUCUCUUACCCCGAAGGCUGGAGUAGCCUCCAUCCCCAAAAAUGCAACUUCCUCAAACUCCUCUGGCUCCUUUUUUUUUUUUUUAUGAAGAUGAAAAUUAAAUUAAACAAAGAACAAAAGGGCAGAUCUGAACCUGAAAAAUAAAGAAAAACCAGCCGAGACAAAGGCCAUGAGAAACAAGAAGGAGAGAACCGAAAAGAAUUACAUGGCGAGGGAAACCCGGAGCCGGCGGCUGAGACGAGGGAAGCUGGGAUUGGACUUGACUUCUAGGGUUUGGCCUCUUCCGCCUCAACCACGCAGCCUAGCGACUCUCUGCUUUCGUGUCGUCCUCUGCUGCUUCCUCUACUUCUUGUUCUUCUUCUGCUUCCUCGAGUCACGAUUUCAACCACGAUUCCGUCAAUAACAACAACGACGACGACAACAAGGCGGCGGAGAGGAAGGGGAAGGAGAAGAAUCGCGUGGGGCACGGACACCACCGGAGCGCGAUGGCCGAUUGAGAGUGAAAGGGAGGGUUUUUUUCUUUACCGAUUGAGAGAGAAUGCGCAGAAAAGGAUAAACGAAAGGGAAGAGAAGAGUACAAGACCGAUUCUUUUCCCUUCUCAUGAUUAAAAAAAGAAAAAAUAUUGUUAAUAAUAUAUAUUUUUUGGUCAC